AUGCCGAAACGAAAAAUUUGUGAGCAUCCGAUAAAGCAUGCACAAUCUACACGUGUGCCAAAAGGAGUAGUAGUUGUGUCAUCACAAUUAUCAAAAUUUUUGAUUUCUCAAUAUGAUGUGACUUACACCCGAAUUUGCUGGUUAUGUCCAAUGUGCCAUGUAUUUGAAUCGAAAAAAAUGAUGACUCAUCAAUCAACGGAGCUCAAUAACGAUGAAAUUUCAACUGAUGAUGAAGUCACGAAAGAAGGUUCUCCUGCCAAUGAUGGCAAAAUUGAUGAUGACGCUAUCAGUGUGGAAUUUGAUGAUCUGAAUGAAGAAGAGAAAGAGAAUCCUCAUAUGGACAGUGGUAUCAUAGCUGAAUCAAGUGACAAUGAUGAAUCACCAUGCACUGAUGAAUCAACUGAUCCCGAAUCGAUGGAAGAAGAUACAGGCCAUGCUUUAUCAGCAGUACUGCCCAUUCGAGCCAAAGUCGAUGAGGUGUAUAGAAAAAUUAAUCGAUUAUGUGAUAUAUUGGAUGGAAAGGCUCAAGUUUUGCAUGAUCCAAAUCCUCACGGACUCAUGAUACGUGAAUCAAAUGAACUUUUGGGUAGUUUGAGAAAGUUAUAUGCUGAUAGUGAUGCUAAUGAACAAGUUCGCUUGAUGACAAUUGCUCCCACAGAGUGGGGUCGACAAAAAAUUGAAAAAUGA